GUCAGAGUGAAAUAUCACUGUCUGUUUCCUAGUUUAAGAUGUUGCUUCACAAGUUAAGCUUAGUAAAAAGAAUAAAUCUUAGAAUAGUUACGAGGCGAAAUUUCGCCGCAGAAGUGACAAAAGCUGAUGACGUUUCAUCAAGGGAUACUAUUGAACCGUCCAUAAAUCGGCAAACGCAGCCGUUCGUCAAUCCGAUAACGCCAACCACGCCGAGGAUCAAACUCGAUAUGGAAAAACAGGUGUUCCGUCCCUCGAGCGUCGCAUCCUUCGACGACAUUCCCGGACCGAUAUCCUUGUAUCUGCUCUCGAAACUAUGGAGCGUCAUCCCUGUCGCCGGUACCGAAAUGACUGCCAAAAUGAUUCAAUACAUUUUAAGCGCCGGCAAACUAUUCGGCAAUGUUUUGAGCUGGGGCAACCCGUACUUCCAAGGUCUGUUCAACAAGUUUUUCGUCGUUUACGGGCCGGUUGUGCGGCUGAGGGGUCCGUUCGGUGGCGACUUAGUACUCCUUAACCGUCCCGAACACGCUAGGAUUUUGUUCAGCACCGAGGUCGCCUAUCCGAUGCGUGCCAACCUCGAUUGCAUCGAGAAGUAUUGUCUCGACACUAAGAAGUACCGACACACCGGUCUCUUCAUAAUGAACGGAACUGAGUGGGAAAAGGGACGCGAACUGCUGAAACGACCACUGCAGGACGCAGUUGUGAAACAGGCUGACGCCGUGGAUGAAAUCUGCGACGAAUUUUUGCUCCGUAUUAUGUCGAUCCGUAACGGGCAACUGGAGAUGCCCGCAACGUUCCGCGACGAAAUCUACAAGUGGAGUUUGGAGUGUCUGUGUUCCACGAUGUUGAACGAGCGUCUGGGCUUUUUGGACCCUUGCGGCUUGACCCGCUCCUCAGAUGCAGGCGUUUUGCUUAAUGGACUGAAGGGAGCAAGCGAUGCUGUUCAAAGAUGCGAAUUAGGGCUCCAUUUAUGGAAGUUCAUGGAGACACCUGCGUGGAAGUCGUUGGUCAGAAACUGCGACUCUGUAGUUUCAGUGCUGGACAAGCACAUCCAAAGAUCGCAGUUUUGUCUGAAGACGAAAACUGAACAGGUGAAACCUGAAGAUUUGUCUCUGAUUGAAACUAUGUUGCUGAAGGAGGGUGUUAAACCGGAAGAUGUUUUAACCAUUGUGUUAGACAUGUUCUUGGUGGGUGUCAAUGCAACAACUCACGCAGUGGCGUUUAUGCUCUACCACUUGUCGAAGUCACCGCGUUGCCAACAAAAUCUCCAAGAUGAGCUCACUAAAGAGGAAAAUACUCCAAAGGAACGUCUGUACAAAUUGCCGUAUAUGCAGGCUUGCAUUAAGGAAGUGCUAAGAUUGAAACCUUCGAUACCUUUCUUGACGAGAAUCACCAACAACGACGUGGUUAUUCACAACUACGCCAUUCCAAAAGGUACGCACGUAAUGGUUGCGACUAGAAUCAGUAGUCUGAAGGAAGAACACUUUGAGGACGCUCAUAAAUUUUUGCCGGAGCGAUGGUUAAAACCGGAAUUGGGAUUGAUUAACAAAGAUUUAAAAGAUUUUGCUUGCAUGCCGUAUGGAUAUGGGGCUAGAGAAUGUAUUGCUAAGGAAUUGGCUGAGAUGCAGAUUGCACUUUUGAUUUCCAAGGUUUUGAAGAAGUUCAGAGUUGAGUAUUAUUAUGCAGAUAUUAAUAGUACUAACAAGUUAUUCGCUUUGCCUGAUAAGCCACUUAGAUUUAGAUUUGUUGAACGCAUGUAACUGGCCUUAGUUCAUGAUUUAAUUAAAUUUAAAUAAAUUAUUUCCAUUA